AUGUUCCAGAGUGCGACAGGCUCUGAUAGGCUGUGGGACCCACACCAGGACUUCAGCCGCUCGACAGCCGCUUCGCCGGCUCCGAGUCGACACAUUGUGCAUGCAACUCCCGAGCUCUACACCAUCCAGUCGCACACGCUGCCGCCCCCGCCGAGGCACGACGGCCCUUCGACCGCCCCUGCGGUCCCUGCUCGCCUUCGUCUGGAAGAGCCGAGGAUUUCGUUGACUCGCCCCCGCCAGACAUUCGACGAAUUGCGAGACAACAUCGAAAUCUCCGCCGAUGUCGAAAAGAGCACUGCCACGCUCCCGCAGCUUGGCUGGAGCGGGUGGAAAAGGGAUCGCAAGAGGGGGCCUGCUAGCCGCCCGUGGGCCAAAGCCCAGGCGGCUGCCGAGAAAGCCUACAACCGGUACAUUGUGGAGGGCUUGUUAAGGCAGAAACCGAUCCCACCGAGCCAAGAUGGGAGGCAUAUCCCUCUGAGGCCGGGGCUGGCGAGACGGAAACCGCUGAAGGACGAGCGGACGGGCCACUCCUACGUGCCCAAUCUCAUCCGGUCGAGCCGAUAUACUGUCUGGAACUUUCUGCCCAAGCAGCUGUUCUUUCAGUUCAGCAAACUCGCCAAUUUUUAUUUCCUCAUCAUUGGUAUUCUGCAGAUGAUACCCGGCCUUAGCACAACGGGCACCUAUACGACAAUCGGACCCCUGAUCGCAUUUGUGGCGCUUAGCAUGGCAAAGGAGGGAUAUGACGACUACCGCAGGUACAGGCUUGACAAGCUGGAGAAUAGGAGCUCGGUUUCCGUGCUGGACCCGGAAGGCACCGUCAAGAGCGAGCCGAGGAUAGAGCGCCGCACGCCUGGGAGGUUCUUCAAGAGGGAGAAGCCAGCGAUCGAGUUGGAAUCCGCGUGUGGCGAGGAUGCGGAGCUCGGGCGGUGGUCAAAGAUAGAGUGGCAGGAUUUGAGAGUGGGGGAUAUCAUUCGAUUACACCGCGACGAGAACGUGCCCGCAGAUAUCGUCCUACUUCACGCAACGGGCCCGAAUGGCGUCGCAUUCAUCGAAACGAUGGCGUUGGAUGGUGAAACGAACCUAAAAAGCAAACAGGCUUGCCCGCUACUCGCCAAACACUGUUCGUCCAUCGCCGGGAUGGGGGAGAGCGAGGCCGAGGUUGUGUCUGAAGACCCGAAUCUCGAUCUAUACAAUUUCGAGGGCAGAGUCACCAUCAACGGCGAAACUAUGCCGCUGACACUGAAUGAAGUCGUUUACAGGGGCUCGACGUUGCGGAAUACCACCUAUGCCAUUGGGCUGGUUAUCAACAGCGGCGAGGAGUGCAAGAUUCGCAUGAACGCCAACAAGAACGUCCGAGCCAAGGCCCCCGAGCUGCAAUACGCUGUCAAUCGCAUCGUCCUCAUGCUGGUAUUCUUCGUCAUCAUCCUCAGCGUCGGCUGCACCGUCGGCUACAUCGUGUGGCGUCGCGAGUAUCAGUCCCGCGCGUGGUACCUCAACCGUGGAAGUGUACCGCUGGGGCAAAUCUUCAUUGCCUUCGUCAUUGCUUACAAUACGCUCAUUCCGCUCUCCCUCUACGUCAGUCUCGAGAUUGUGAAGCUCGGCCAGCUGUUCCUACUCAGCGAUAUCGAAAUGUACGACCCGGUUACGGAUACGCCCAUGGUGGCCAACACGACCACGAUUCUAGAGAAUCUGGGUCAGGUCAGCUAUGUCUUCUCUGACAAGACUGGCACCUUGACUGAGAACUUGAUGAAAUUCCGCAAAAUGAGCGUGGCUGGGACUGCGUGGCUCCAUGACGCCGAUCUGCGCACAGAGGACGAGAAAUCUGGCCGGGGCGUGCCGCACAAGGAGGCAGUGGAACAGACCGGAAAGGGCCCGGCUUUGAGCCCUAGGGUUUCGGUGCGUCCAGCCGAGACGGAAAUGAUGGACUCGUCUCCUGUCGAGGGUCGUCGCUCCCAGAGCGGCCGUCUUCCGCGGACGAGCACUGCUUCGAGAUGGAAGUCGUCCGUCCAUCCGGCUCAAAACCAGCCCGAGCUCAAUACCGAGGAUCUGCUUCGCUAUCUCGCCAACAAGCCCCACUCUCAGUUCUCACGCAAAACCCGGCAGUUUAUCCUCUGCCUCGCGCUGUGCCAUACUUGCCUCCCUGAGACGGGAGAAGACGGCGAAAUCAGCUUCCAGGCUGCGUCUCCCGACGAGCUUGCUUUGGUAGAGGCCGCGAAGGAACUGGGCUUCCUGCUCGUUGACAGGGCAUCGCAGUCCAUGACCCUGCAAGUGCGCAACUCUGCUGGUGCAACCAUCACUGAGAAGUACGAGAUCAUGGACGUUAUCGAGUUUAGCAGCAAGCGCAAGCGUAUGUCUAUCAUCAUCCGCAUGCCUGACGGCAGGCUGUGCAUUUUCACCAAGGGCGCCGACAGUGUCAUCUUGUCGCGUCUGAGACAAAAGCAACUUGCCAUCCAGACCGCCUCAGCCGUCGAGCGGCGGGCGAGCAUGCGCAGGAGUGUCGAACAGGAGAUGGCCCUCCGCCGACAAAGCAUGCAAAGCCACAAGCGGGACAGCAUGAAUAUCAGGCGGACGCUAGACCGGCGGGAUAGUUGGCGGCGAUCUAUGGCUAUCACCGACGAAGUCGAUCAUUGGCUUUCUCGCCGCGAGGCUGGGGGCGUGGACGAAUCACCAGGCGAACCUGAUCUUUACCAGAGCCCCCGCCGCUCCAUGGCAGGUGCCCGGUCGCUAGAGCUCGCCCGUCUCGCCGACCCUUACGACGGGAUGGUGGACGAGUCAUUGGUACUCAACGAGGGCGCCGUGUUCGAGCGUUGUUUUCAGCACGUCGACGACUUUGCCACCGAAGGACUCCGGACGCUCAUCUUCGCGUACCGCUACUUGGAGGAGGACGAUUAUCGAAAGUGGAAGGACGUGUACCUCCAGGCCACUACCAGUCUCGUAAAGCGCCAGGAGCGCAUUGAGAGUGCGGCCGAGCUCAUCGAACAGGACUACGAGCUCGCCGGUGCUACGGCUAUCGAGGAUAAGCUGCAGCAGGGAGUGCCCGAGACGAUCGACAAGCUCCGGCGCGCCAACAUCAAAGUUUGGAUGUUGACCGGCGAUAAGCGGGAGACGGCCAUCAACAUCGCCCAUUCAGCCCGGAUCUGCAAGCCAUUCUCUGAAGUUUAUAUUUUGGAUGUGACGCAGGGCGAUCUCCAGGAACGGCUCGCCAUGACGCUCACCGACGUGUGCCGCGGCAUGGUCCCGCACUCGGUCGCCGUAAUCGACGGGCACACGCUGUCGGUGGUAGAGGACGACUCCGCGCUUCGCGUGCUGUUCUUCGACCUGGUCGCUAGAGUCGACUCGGUCAUCUGCUGCCGGGCAUCGCCCUCACAAAAGGCCAGCCUCGUCCGCUGCAUCCGGCAGCAGUCCCCCUCGGCCGUCACGCUCGCCGUCGGCGACGGCGCCAACGACAUUGCCAUGAUCCAGGCCUCGCACGUUGGCAUCGGCAUCUCCGGCCGCGAGGGCCUGCAGGCCGCGCGCAUCUCGGACUACUCGGUCGCCCAGUUCCGCUUCCUCCAGCGCCUGCUGUUCGUCCACGGCCGCUGGAACUACGCGCGCAGCGGCAAGUACAUCCUGGGCACCUUCUGGAAGGAGGUCGUCUUUUACCUACUGCAAGCACACUACCAGCGCUACAACGGCUACACGGGCACCUCCCUGUUCGAAUCCACCUCGCUCACCGUCUUCAACACCAUCUUCACGUCCCUCUCGGUCAUCAUCCCGGGCAUCUUCGAGCGGGACCUGUCGGCCGACACCCUGCUGGCCGUGCCGGAGCUGUACACCUUUGGCCAGCGCAACCGCGGCUUCAACUUCCCCCAGUACCUCGGCUGGAUGUUCAUGGCCGCCGCCGAGUCCGCCAUCAUCUACUACGCCGUCUACUACAUCUACGCCAUCGCCACCCACGGCACCGCCCCCACCGACCUCUACCCCGUCGGCACCCUCGCCUUCUCCCUCGCCGUCGUCUUCAUCAACCUCAAGCUCAUGUUCCUCGAGGUCCAUGACCGCACCGCGGUCAUCAUGGGGGGCAUGGCCGUCUCCAUCCUGGGCUGGUGGGUGUGGAAUGUCCUGCUGAGCGCCCUGUUCCGCGGCGCCAUCGGGCCGUAUGUCGUGCGGGAUGCGUUUCUGGAGGGCUUUGGUCGUGACGGCAUGUGGUGGCUGGUGCAUUUCAUUGUGCUGUCGGCGCUGGUGGUGUUUGAGCUGGGGGUGUCGGCCGUCAGGAGGGCGCUGUGGCCGUCGGAUCGCGAUUUGAUGCAGGAGGUGGAACAUGUGCAGGGGGUGGAGGACGUGUUGAGGGAGCAUGUGGAUGGUGGGGAGGCUGGGGUCGGUUAUGGCGGCGCGGGGGUUGAUGGGGACGGUAGUGGUGGUGGGGGUGCUGGUGCGGGUGCUGCGCCCGGCGGCGAGGCGGGGGGGGUGAUGGGGGCUUCGCUCAAAGACGGUCACGUCCAUGUCAGCGUCGGCGUCGGCGCCGUCGCAGGCGCCUGA